AUGGUGCGAAUGCCGCAGUUUAGGCAGGCGGCUGCCCUCGCCGCCAUCGCAACAUUGGGCAGCACCGUCGCCGCCCGCGCAAGCCCUCACGGCAGCGACGCGCAUCGCGACGACACGCCCGCCAUCGCGCAGUUCUGCAUCGACGGCUCGGCGGCCCACGGUCCUCGGUUCUGCAUGGCCGCCAAGAUGUACCACAACCACUCGACGUCGGCGCACGACAUGCUCGUCACCGUCGAGGUGAGCCGGCCCGCCGACGAGACGCUCGCCAGCGCCGGCUGGCUCGCCAUCGGGUCCGGCGCCGUCAUGUCCGGGUCGCUCAUGUUUGUCGUCUACGGCGAUCCCCUCACGCAGCGCGGCCCGUUUGUGAGCGCCCGCGGCGUCCAGCUCGGCCACGGCCACGCCCAGCCAGACGUGCUCUCGCGCGACGACCCGAGCCAGAACCACGGCGUGCUCGUGCAGCAACUCGGCGCCGGCGCGUGGAGGGCCGGCGAGAACGGCACGCAUAUCGGCGUGGUGCGGUUUGCCUGCUAUGGCUGCACCGCCUGGCAGGGCCAUGCCGUCGACCCCGAGGAGACCUCGCAGCCAAUGAUCUGGGGCUUCAACGAGGACGAGGACAUGGCCCCCUACGCGUGGGAGCAGCCGCUGCGCAAGCACGUCGGCAUUAACGGCUGGGGCAACUUUUAUGCCAAUCUUCGCGCCGCCUCGACCCAUCAUGCCACCGGCCCGCCGGCCGUCAUCCAGGGCCAUGACAGAAUCAACGCGGCUGCCACGCACAUUCUCGUAAAGAAGCCUUCCUUUUUUCAGAAGCUCGGAGAGCGUCCCGCCGCCUACGCCCACGGCUUUGUCAUGCUCAUCGCCUUUCUUGCUCUCUUCCCGCUCGGCGUGGUCGGCAUCCGCUCUGGUCUUGCCAAAGCUUUCAAGUACCAUUGGAUGAUGCAGGCUUCCGCCAUGUGCUUUGCCACUGUUGGCGCCGCGCUCGGCAUAUACAUGAGCCGUGAGAACCUCUUCGGCUCCGUGCACCAGCGGAUUGGCCUGGCCGUCUUUGCGCUUCUAUUCGCGCAGGCGGCGUCGGGGUGGUGGCACCACGUGCGGUUCGUCAAGAUUCGACGCCGCACCUGGGUGUCAUACGCCCACAUGUCGCUCGGCUGGGGCAUCCUGGUCGGCGGCUGGGCAAACGCUGUGACAGGCUCGAUGCUUUUCGGUCUGGGAAGACUGGGACUGUUCCUGCUGGUAGUGCUCAUUGCGACCGAGCUCAUGGCACUAGGGGUUUUUGUCUAUAUUGCCAAAAGAAAGUCCCAGCAGGAGCAGGCCAAGUCCAGGGCUAAUGCUACAGACUGGCGAGAUGCGGACAACGAAGAGUACUUUGCGUUGGACGACGCAGAAAGUGAUGAGGAUGCAGAUGAUGAAUCGGGUAGAAAAUCCGACGAAAAGCUACGACCAGCCAAGUAUCAUAAAUGA